AUGCCGAAUGAGUUUGCUCAUAAAGAUUUUGGUGAAAAGGAACAAAGAAACCUUAUCCCAACAACUGCAACAACUAAGAGACUUUUUGAACGAGGAUUCUUGUCCGCGUCUGAUUUGAAACACACACGAAAUUCCCCUCCCAUAGUGGAGCCUUGUCGCACGAAGUCUCAAGAUCUUCGAGCUAGCAUUGUCUCAAUAAGAGGGAUACUAAAGGGGUUUACGUCACUAGGGGGGCCUAAAGUUGCCGAAACUUGA